AUGGGUGCGACGGCGUCACCGGUGGCCGCGUCGGCUGGAGGAGAUACGUCCGAUUCGGAUGGCCUCGAUGCACUCGACGCCGAACUUGACGUCAUCAAACCCGCGCCUGCAAAACGGAAAGCACCGACACCGGCGCCGACGCGUGUCGUCAAGCCACGACCAACGCCGACGGUGACGCGGACUGUCCCUGCCGCUGCACCACGGACUGUUGUCGCUGUAACGUUGCCACACCGUGUCGACGGUAGUGACGAUGACUCGGACGGUUUGGACGCUCUCGAAGCCGAGCUUGGAUUGGCGCAGUCGACGCCGGUGCUGCCACCGCCCAAAGCACGAGCAGCACCAAAGGCCCGAGCAGCGUUAAAAGACCCCAAGCCUCGAAAGGCGUCUAUUCCCAAGGCUCCUGUGCAGCGCAAGCCUCGUGCGCCGGUCCAGGCCGUCGUUUCGGACGACUCUGAUGGACUCGGUGCUCUGGAGGCAGAGCUCGGCAUCUCGUCAGCCACGGCAAAACCCGCACGCAGCGUUAAGAGUGUGCCGGCCAAGGCGGCACCGCGACGAACGCCAGCGCCUCGAAAGCCAGUUGCAGUACAGCCGUCGGCGGUCGCAUCCGACUCGGAUGGUCUUGGCGACCUCGAAGCCGAGCUCGGGAUCGCGCCGACGAUAGUCUUGCCGAAGAAGCGUGGUCGACCACCCAAGGCCAAGCCAGCUCCUUUGGCCGCCAGUACCGUGGGCGCAAUAACGCAGGCCAACCUCAAUGCACCAAAGAAGCGAGGACGUCCGCCAAAGCCAAAGCCUCUCGCGACAUCCAUGAUGCCGACUCUAGUCGCGCUGCCCACGAAGCGCCUACCCACAGCCAAAGCAGCGCCACGAGCGGAUGUCUCGGACGACGAUGGCCUUGAUGCGCUCGAAGCUGAGCUCGGUCUUUCGUUUUUGGCGCCCCACGGAACGGCAGCGCCCGUGGCAACGCGCGUCGUUGCCCGAGCUCCAAUCAAGCGCCCACCCAAAAGCACGCCGUCCAUUCUGGUACGCGGCGAAGGGCGCGCAGCUUUUGACGCUGAGCUUGAGACGACGUCGCGGAAGCGAAAGCUACCGACACCAGCCGCCGCGCGAAGCGUCAAGCCAAAGGCAGCUCCAGCAUCAACGCCCAGGACGGUAGCUCCAGCGCCCAAGACGCCAGCACCAACAGCCGUCGACUCGGACGACAGUGGUCUCGAUGCGCUCGACGCCGAACUCAAUUUGUAG